AUGGUAUAUCCCUCGAGGGUCAAUGUUGGCGUUCGAAGGUUCUUUGAACCAAUAGUUUAUUUAAAGCCACCCAGACAUUGGGGCCUCUGUCUAUCUACCCUACUCACAGAGUCAGUUAUCCAGACCUUCCCAAAAAGAACACUCCGUCUCAACCUGGGGUCUUCGUCGCCCUUUUCUCAAAUAUUCCUAAAACAAAGAUCGUCCACGAUGUCCUCCCCUCAGAACGGAAUCGAUUACUCAACGGAUUCCUCCGUAACCACCGAAUUUCGGAGACAGGAUAACACUCACCAACACGCCCUGGAAGCAUACAAACUGCGAGAUCUCACCUCAUGUCUCGAACGCCUGACCCGCGCCCAACUCAUCGAAGUUCUGCAAGCUGCAGGAAACGAUUAUGUGGAAGUGCGUAAGCUAGUGCAGUCGAAAGUAUCAGAGCAAAUGGACGACAAGACCCGGAUAUACCGCUGCGAAAUGAGUGAUGUAAUGAGCUUCAGGGGUUGUCGUGAGGCCGCCCGAAAAGCAAUGGAGGAGGCAGAGAGUCGCGUUCGAUUCUUGCGUUUAUGGAACAGCUUGCCAGACAGUGGCAAUGAUGAUUUCACAAACAUGGUUCAACUCAUCGCUGAUCACUGUGGGGCGUUUGCGCACCCACAAACUCGUCUCAACGGGCUUACAGUUCUGUGUGAGAUGUGUUAUAUUUUCAUGGAUGUGGCUCGCGAUGACUUUUGGGAGCAAGAUCAAAGCAAGUAUGGCUGGGAUGUGAGUAUUGAAAAUGCUAUGUUGGAGAUAGCCACCGCCAUGACGCCAGCUGAGAGACAGGCUGUGGUUGAUGAUGAUGACUUGUGGUCUGCUCUGGUUUAUGUGUAUCAGGAAUCAGAUGAGAAGAUAUUCCGUGCCUUUAAAGAUGUGAUAGAUGAGUUCCCCAAGGUGGACACUGGAGCUGAAGAUGAUGGAGGGGAGAACGAUGAAUUACGGUCUUUAUUCGAAGAGAGUGAUCAAGAUGGUGAACAAAACGAGGUCGACAUGUCGGAGGCUGAAUAG